GCUGAAGUUGUGGGAGCGGGAGCGAGGACGCGAGGUGACGGGAGCGAGCAGCGGCUGGAGCGGAUCACUACACCGGAGCACCGAGCACCGGAGAACCGGAGCCCCGCACGAACUCACCCCAGGAGAGAGGAGAGGAGAGGGGAGGGGACUCGGUGGACGCUCCACGGAGAAGUUUCCGGGGAGUUUGACCGACGAGCCGCGGCGGCUGGGCUCUCCUCUCCCGGCGGAGCGGCUCCCUCCCGGAGAGAAGGUCGGCUCAUGAAGCCAUGGUAAUAACCAUCAUCCUCUUGCGGUGAGCUGCCUGGUGGACAGACGGAGGCGCCAUGGCCGAGCUGCCUAUUGCCCCAGGUGAGGUCUACAUCGAGGUGGAGUAUGACUACGAGUACAAGUCCAAGGACCGCCUCAUCAACAUCCGGCAGGGGGACUGCUACAUGCUGGUCAAGAAGACCAAUGAGGACUGGUGGCAGGUGAAAAAAGAGGAGGGGACUAAAUCUUUUUAUGUACCUGCUCAGUACGUCCGAGAGGUCCGCAAAGCUCUCAUGCCGCCUCUCAAACCCGUCCCCCAUCCUCCUGCCGCCAGCGGCAACACCCCUCCUCAAAGUAGGGGUGUCCUCUGGGUCAGGCCAACCAACCUGGAGCUGGGACUCCAGAACCAUCCUGCGGAGAACCUUCUGAGACACGAGUCCGCCUCUCACCCUCGGCGCUCGCCAAGGGUGAGUCCCCUCAGCCAGCGCAGGCACAGCUCCCACCGCCACGCCCCCACCUCCCCCACCACCCUCACAGAUCACGACCGAGCUCUGCACGACGUUCUUGUCCACGGUGGAGGUCACAAGCCCAGAGGAAGCUCCAGCACUCUGCCACGCUCGCGAGCUCGAUCCCCAGAUAUGCCCAGAGUAUUGCUGGACGUGGACGGCACCCAACCCUUUGACUCCGCAGAGGAAGAGAGACGAACAAACGACUCGUCUGGAGAAGAACUGAGCAGCUCCUCCACUGAACAUCUCCAGACGGUGUCUUCAGGCCAAGGCCGCUCCGAGUCGCCUGUCUACACUAACCUCCAGGAGCUGAAGAUCACCCAGACCAGCCUGCCCCCUCUGCCCACGGGCUCCCCCAUCCACUCUCUGGGCAACUGGGAGACCCACAAGGACCAGAAUGGCCGACACUUCUACUACCACCGCGGCACCAAGGAGACGACCUGGAAACCUCCACGAGCCAGGGAAGCCGGCAGCGGGAACUCCGGAGGAGACAACCACAGCGCAGGAGAGAGCUCCGAGACGACUCCUCUGUCGCUCUCGCCGUCUUUCCUUCCGUUCCUCUCGCUCUCCAUCGGUCGACUUCAGCCUCUGUCGUCGGAGGACACCUGCUUCAGCUCCUACUCUAGCCAAUCAGACAGUCAGUACGGCUCGCCGCCGCGUGGUUGGUCGGAGGAGAUGGACGAGUACGGCCACCGGCUGUACGUGAGCGACCACACAAACGAGAAGUGGUUAAAACACGUUGAUGAGCAGGGUCGACCUUAUUACUACAGUGCAGACGGCUCCAGGUCAGAGUGGCAGCUGCCAAAGUACAACCUCUCUCCUCCUCAGCCGUCAGGAGAUGCUCCUAAAAGUCGCAGCCUGGACAGGAGGAACAUGGAGCCCAUCGUCCUGACCAAGUGGAGACACAGCGCCUACGUCCAGGAGCCCAACGACAAGGUGGGACACCCAGAUCUGCAGAGCACAGACCUGCCAGUGGCGCCUCACGAUUCCUAUAGUCGGCUGUUAAAAACCAGACGUUUCCGGGCAGUCUCCGCCCGUCUUCACCUUCACCCGUACAAACCCAAAGACGCUCCUCUGGGGCCCGCGCCCCCCUCUCCUGAUUCUGACUCCUGCCCUUCGUCUCCCAAGUCCCCCAGCUCUCCGUCUGAAAAGUGUGGCGUCCUGAAUGUGACCAAGAUCACAGAGUUUGGCAAGAAAGUACGGAAGAGCUGGACGUCCUCCUGGACGGUGCUGCAAGGACACACGCUGCUGUUCGCCAAAGAGAAAGGAGGUGGAAGCAGUUGGUUUGGAGGCAGUCAGACCAAACCUGAGUUCACUGUGGACCUCAGGGGCGGCUCGGUGGAAUGGGCAUCCAAGGACAAAUCCAGCAAGAAGCACGUAGUAGAGCUGAAGACUCGGCACGGCACGGAUCUGCUGAUCCAGUGGGACACUGACACCAUCAUCAAUGACUGGUACCGAGUGCUGCAGGAGACCAUCAGCACCCAUGCCUGGGAGUCUGAUGAGGCCAUUGAAGAGGACUUGCCCGAAUCUCCUGGUUUUGAGACGGGAGACAAAGAACAGAGAGACUCGAAGAAAGGCAGAGCCAUGAAGAACUCCUCCAUCGUGGACACCAACGACAACAAGAAGACCAGACACAAGCUGAAGAAGUUCCUCACGCGGCGUCCCACCCUGCAGUCCGUCAGAGACAAGGGAUACAUCAAAGAUCAGGUGUUCGGCUGCAGUUUGUCCAGUUUGUGUCACAGGGAGAACGGCACGGUGCCGAGCUUCGUGACGACGUGCAUCGACCACGUGGAGACCAGUGGUCUGUGUGUGGACGGGAUCUACAGAGUCAGUGGAAACCUGGCUGUCAUACAGAAACUACGCUUUGCUGUCAAUCACGAUGAGAAGGUGAACCUGGCCGACGGGAAGUGGGAGGAUAUCCAUGUGACCACUGGAGCUUUGAAGAUGUACUUCAGAGAGCUGCCGGAGCCGCUCUUCACCUACUCGCUCUUCCAUGACUUUGUCAACUCCAUCAAGAUUUCAGACUACAAGCAGAGAGUCCACUCCAUCAAAGAUCUGGUCCGACAGCUGCCAAAGCCGAACCACGACACCAUGCAGGUCCUCUUCAAGCACCUCAGGACGGUGAUCGACCACGGUGAGGAGAACCGAAUGACCACCCAGAGCGUGGCCAUCGUGUUCGGCCCCACGCUGCUGCGCCCUGAGACCGAGACCUGGAACAUGGCGGUCCACAUGGUCUACCAGAACCAGAUCGUGGAGCUGAUCCUGCUGGAGUAUGAGAACAUUUUUGGACGGUAGACAGAAGAAGCCAGAGGACAAAGCCUAUGUGAACAUGAUUUGUGUCUCCCCCAAACGCAGAGCUCUUCCUCACCCGGCCCGGGGGGGGGGGGGGGGUUAGCGGCUUAAUCUUCAUCUCAAACCCACCUGCGCUCACUGGCUUCUCCAAACUUCCACAAAGACGAACUCUGGACCAAAGCCACCGUCUCCUGAACCAAAAUAAAGAUCUAACUAACUAGCGACCAAAAGAAAAGGUUUUGCACUUUUUUUUUUUCAAGUAGCUCGUUUUCUCCUGUAGCUGCAGAGGUCACGACCUCCUGUCCCGACACUGGAUUCUUAAACACUCCUCCACUACUGCACAGGCCGACCGAGCAUCAACGAGCCACGUCUGCAUCACGGGAGGUUCAUGACUCUGUUUGCACCGUACUGUAAAACCAGUGUAUUGACCCAUCCUCUGCUUCGCUUUCCAUGUUUUAACACUAAGAGGUGAAAGAAGUCGGAGCUCGACCGAGGAGAGGAAGGGAUAUGAGGGCUUUUUUUUACUUUUUACUUCAAAGAACACUUUUGCUUCUUUCUGUAUUGAUCUCGUUCUUUUUUUUUUAUUUUAAAAUGCUCCGUUCCCCCCCCCCCCCCCCCCCCCCAGUUUCCUGGACCGGGGUCCUCAGAACACACCGGAGGUUCUCGCCGCUCUCUGUAUUAUAUCUGCACGUCGCCUUCAACAUUCGGCUUCUAGAACAAAUCAUCUCGCAGCGCUCGCUCAUCAACUUGAAAACAAAACGGCGGAACUCAGCUGUUGUUUUCCUCAGCCAUGGAUUUGUACAGUGUAUAUGUGUGUGCAUGUGGAGGGGGGGGGGAGAUGUAUGAAUGGAUUAACCGAUGAUAUAUUGUAUAAAAUAGUAAAUAUAAGUACAUUUGCCGGGAGUGUUAAGAAUAAGAGAAGAGGGAGAAAUCACUAAUGGACGUGUAGAGAGACGUGAUGAAGGGGAAGUGGAGGUGAACCUGUGAAUCAGGUCGAUGGAAGAUUGUGAAUGUAACUUUGCAAAGAAACAUGAUGUUGGCUUUAUCAAACUGGAAUAAAGGCCUGGAACAAGA